AUGAAAUUUUGGUCUCUUAUUUCCCCUAUUGAAACUGAUAUUUCUGAAAGGGACCAGGGAAUCACUGUUGAUGGGGCCUUGCAACCUCAGAUAGUUCGGCCCAGUCAGCAGAUAAGUGUCAUUCUUGUUGACUUGUGUGACUAUCAUAGGAUUCAGCCAUCGGUCUUGGAGCUUCAUCACUGGCUUGUUAUUAUACAUAAGAACUUACUCACUCACCAAGAACCUCUUACAUGGGCUCACUUUCUUAACUCUGUUAGCUAUCUCAAUUACUGCUUCAUCUUCAACAAAGUCUGUCCUUGGAGCUGGCCAGAUCGCGGGAGUGCGGAUAUUGUACCCAAAGAGAAGUAUGGAGGGACUAUGACCUGUGGAGUUGUUAACCAGAAAACGGAGAACCAGAUGAGCAGAGUUGAUAUAUUUGUCUCAUUGGUCUUGAACACUGGCAUCUUGGGUUAUCUUCACCAGGUAGGCAGUGGUGGUGAGAUGGCGGCAACCCAGAGAGAACAAAAACUCACAGACAAAACCAGAAGUGAAGUUACUACCCCUAUCAGUAAGGAUGUACUUUGGGACCCCAUAAGUAACUACGAUCUGAUCAUACAUGAAGGUAGCAGUAGUCUCUGUGGUAAUGUCUUGGAUGGGCAUAGCAAUUGGCUACCUGAUAAGAUAGUCAACAGCAACCAGAAGAUAAUGGAAACCAUUCACAGAAGUCUUGAUCAGGUUCACUGCAUCACAUCCUACCAUGUAAAAUGGGUGCACCAGUGUUAUGAUGGGUCUUGCUGGUUCAUAUCUCUUCCAGACCUUUCUUGCUCAGACCUGCCAGUUUAUAUACCCUUGAACUAUCUUACAGACCAACUCGAACAAGUGCAGACCAGUAUACUGUAUAUGGACUUGUCUCCAAGUGUGGUUGACGCCUUGAUGUUCCUCACAAUGCACCUUACUUACCACUCCUUCUGCAAUACCCUUGUAUAA